AUGAACUCUACUUCUAACGCCACAAUCACCUCCCAGCUGGGACUUGGCCUAAGUCCAGGGAUUGAUGCUGGUGCUCCCCAAAGUGGCGGUGGUGGUGGAGGUCUUUGGGUGACAUCCCUGCUCGGUGCUACACUUUUGAUCAUGUGCACCUUGGGGGUGGCAGGAAACACUUACACGCUCGUCAUCACUCGCUCGGCUGCUCUGUGCAGGACUGGUUCCAUGUAUGUUUAUAUUGUCAACUUGGCUCUGGCUGACCUGCUCUACCUCUCCACCAUCCCCUUUGUCGUCUGCACCUACUUUGCCCAUGACUGGUUGUUCGGGGAGGCAGGUUGCCGUAUCUUACUGAGCCUGGAUCUCCUCACCAUGCAUGCCAGUGUCUUCAUCUUGGUUGCCAUGAGCCUGGAGCGUUACCGUGCCGUGGCCAAGCCCUUCAGCGCUCACAAAUCCUCAACCCAAAACCGAAGAUUUGCGGCUGGAUUUAUUUGGGCGUUGGCUUUCUUCCUGACACUUCCGAUGAUGGUGAUGAUCCGGCUCAGGGAGGGAAAGCCUACAAUGGCUGGGUUGGUCAAAAGAAUCUGCUUCCCUACCUGGACGCCAGAGGCCUUCAAGGCUUACAUCACCGUACUGUUUUUCACAAGCGUUUUAGUCCCGGGAUUGAUAAUUGUUGGACUGUAUGCUGGACUAGCCACUCGUUACUGGACAGUGCAGGCCAGCUUAGGAGGCAGCAGCCGCUCAGCCCGGAGAAGGGGACUCAAACAAAAAGUUUUAUCAAUGAUCUUAAGCAUUGUGGUAGCAUACUGGGCUUGUUUUUUACCUUUUUGGGGAUGGCAGCUCACUAAACUGUUCUCUCCAGACUCCCUCAGAGCUUUGUCUCCAGCUGCCCAUAAUUAUGUGAAUUUCUUUGUCACCUGUCUGACCUACGGAAACAGCUGCAUCAACCCGUUUCUCUAUACUCUGCUUACCCGAAACUAUAAAGAUUACUUAGCCCAGAAAUCUGCGGGGUCCAGCAGGGCUGAUCCUGGAUCAGUUGUAUCAACUCCAUUACAGGAUAUUUAAAGGCUGUUUUCUCAAUCUUGUCAAAUUUGAUGGAGUCUUUGAUUAUUUAAAGCUGUUAUAAUGAAUCUAUAGAUAAAGCUAACACAGCCACGGAACACUAACCCUCGGUACCUUCCCUGAGACGCUUCUGCUGGAACUGGAAACCUGCGAUGCCAGACAAAACGAGAUAGCGCUAAACACCAGUCAAACUUCUUUUGUUGUCUGUGACUUCGAAUGGUGUUUUUCUUUUUGGGACUCUGGGACUAAAGUUGAAGUGGUAGCAGCCGGUUGUUUCUCCUUCUCUGAUAUUACUAAGUGGAGAACCUCUCACACCAGUGGUGUUCUGUUGCUAAAUACAUGGGUGUGUGAUGAGUGCCGAACCCAGGCAAGUGCAAAAGUGCUGUGGUUCAGUGAGAUCAACAACCGGAUGGUCCAAUGGUUGCUUUUGGUCCAAAAUGUGUUAUUGGUGGAGGUUUUUAGACAAAUGCGAGAGAUCCACUUUAUUAGUUUUUGUUUUGUUUUUAUAAUCUCCACAAUAUAUUUCAAGCUAUACUAUAUUAGAAUGCCAUUAAGAGGCAUAAAAAAAUGUUUGAAGCAAAUUUGUUUUCCAAAUUUGGUAUAACAGUUUUAACAUCAAAACCUAACUUUUUUCUUUUUAUUAACCUUUGUGCAUUAAUGCACUCCAGCAGGUUACUUCCUAUUGUUCCUGGGAAUGUGGUUGCAUUGUGUCACAUUCCUCAGCUUUGGUACAGAGCUCUUUGGAGUCCUGCUGUAAAUUGCCUCUUCUUCUUCUCACAUCUGCUGAGUUCUGUUCAUUUUCUUUUCCCGUUAUC